AAAAAAUAAACCAAGCGUAUAAAAUAGGACAUAAAAUGAAUAAAAUAGGAGAGAGAAGGACAUGGUCUCAACUCGGGGAGGGGGAAAAAAAUCAACCAACAAAAAAAAACAUCGAGAGAGAAGCGGCGAAGAAUGCGAUGUCUUCCUGAAAAGUGUUUGGCUGAGAGGAAAAUCGGAACGAAAACCCUGUAAUUGUUGACCUGUAAUCGAUUGAUGGGUGGUGGUGGUAAUCUCGUCGACGGUGUUCGUCGAUGGCUUUUUCCUCGUCGUCCUUCUCCUUCUGAUAAUCGCAAUCCUAAUCCAAAUCAUAAUCCUUCUAAUUCCUCUGAUCCUAAUCAAGUGGUCGACGAGAGCAGCGGUGGCGAUUCCAAGGAGGAGCUUACUGUUACCGAAGAUCUUAAUCUGUCUGGGCUAAAGCUCAUUAGGGUUCCAAAGCGACAUCACUUACCCAUGGAUUCUCACAAGAAGGGUACACAUGAAGCUGACUUCUUCACGGAGUAUGGAGAAGCAAGCAGGUACCAGAUUCAAGAAGUGGUCGGAAAAGGAAGCUAUGGUAUUGUAGGUUCUGCUGUAGACACACACACUGGUGAAAGGGUUGCGAUCAAGAAAAUAAACGAUGUGUUUGAGCAUGUCUCUGAUGCAACUAGGAUUUUGAGAGAGAUAAAGUUACUCCGUCUGCUUCGUCAUCCAGACGUCGUGGAGAUAAAACACAUCAUGCUCCCUCCUUCUCGACGGGAAUUUCGAGAUAUUUAUGUUGUGUUUGAGUUGAUGGAAUCUGAUCUUCAUCAGGUGAUUAGGGCAAAUGAUGAUCUGACUCCCGAGCACUAUCAGUUUUUCUUGUACCAGCUUCUCCGUGGUUUGAAAUACAUUCAUGCAGCUAAUGUGUUCCAUCGGGAUUUGAAACCAAAGAACAUUCUUGCUAAUGCUGAUUGCAAACUGAAGAUCUGUGACUUUGGUCUGGCUAGAGUGUCUUUUAAUGACGCCCCAUCAGCUAUUUUUUGGACUGAUUAUGUUGCUACUAGGUGGUAUCGUGCCCCAGAACUCUGUGGAUCCUUUUUCUCCAAAUAUACACCUGCCAUCGAUAUCUGGAGCGUAGGUUGCAUAUUUGCUGAAAUGCUUCUGGGAAAGCCUCUGUUUCCCGGGAAAAAUGUGGUGCAUCAAUUGGAUCUUAUGACUGAUUUUCUUGGCACUCCGUCGCCUGAAGCCAUAUCAAGGAUCAGAAAUGAAAAGGCGAGGAGAUAUCUUAGCAGCAUGCGGAAAAAGCAACCGGUCCCAUACUCGCAUAAGUUCCCUAAAGCCGACCCCAUGGUCCUCCGCCUUUUGGAACGUCUUCUGGCCUUUGAUCCUAAAGAUCGUCCAACUGCUGAAGAAGCACUGACUGAUCCAUACUUCAGCGGUCUGGCAAGUGCUGAUCGUGAACCAUCCACGCAACCAAUUUCAAAGCUCGAGUUUGAGUUCGAGAGGAAGAAGUUGACGAAAGAUGAUGUCAGAGAGCUAAUUUAUCGGGAGAUAUUGGAAUACCAUCCACAGAUGCUGGAUGAAUACCUUUGUGGCGGUGAUCAGCUUAGCUUCAUGUACCCCAGUGGAGUUGAUCGAUUCAAGAGGCAAUUUGCUCAUCUCGAGGAAAACCAAGAUAGGGCGGGGAGGAAUAACGCGCUUCAGAGACAACAUGUUUCGUUACCGAGAGAGCGAGUUAACAAGAACGGGAAUGCCGAAGAAAGCAGUGAGGUGGAGAGAAGAGCGGCAGCUGCUGUUGCUUCGACGCUCGAUAGCCCGAAAGGGGCAGAGAAUCCCGAGGAUGCGGACAAUGGAGGAGGGUAUAGUGCUCGUAACCUGAUGAAGAGCGCAAGCAUCAGUGGUUCCAGAUGUGUGGGGGUUCAAUCUAAAACCGACAUUGAUGAAGCCAUAGCCGAAGAACAAGAUGAGACAGUGGCCGAGGUUGCUGAGAAAAUUGCAUCUCUUCAUCAUUCUUAAUUUAUGUUCUGUGAAUUUUUUGUGUUCCAUUUCUGUAAUGUUUAUCUAUACAGAGUUUAUAGAAGCAACCCACCUUCUCAAUUUUUCACGCCCUCAUUUUUCGUUGCUUGGUAAUUCUAUUGGGUUUUGUUGUUAUAACAAAUAGUUUGGGGUAAAAAAAGAGAAUAAAAACAAAACUGCGGUUCUCUUGUAAUUUUAUGAUUCUUUAUUUAUAUAAUCAACUGGUGGCUCUGUAUUA